AUGACGGACUAUUUGGACCCACAUUUUGUCCGAGCGCUCUGUCGGGAUCCAGACAGAAGGACACUGCAAGAUCUUCAGAUUAUUUACUAUGGUCUCCUCGGGCUGGAAGCUUUGAGGCCGUGCAGAGAUUCUAUUCUCAGAGGACUUUGUAAAAUUGUCCGAUAUGAAAGACAUUACGCCAAUCAUGUUCUCUAUUACACUGGCGAGCUGGCGACUAGCUGGUACAUCUUGCUGUCUGGAUCAGUGUUCAUCGAUGGGUCAAUGUUCCUCCCCCGUUCAAGGUAA